UGAACCUAAUAUGUAACCAAGGAUGCCCUAGAACUUCUGAUCCUCUUGCCUUCGUAGCCUGAGUGCUAUGAUUAUAGAUAGGCAUGCCCUACAAUAUUAGGUUCAAAAAGUAGUGGGGAUUGAACCUGGUGCUGUCUGCAAAACAGACAAGAACUUUAAUAACUAAGCCACAUCACUGAAGGGAUACUAGCCUCUGCUUCCCAAGUGCUGUGAUAAAGGUGAGUGCCACCAUGUCCAGCAAGUAAAAAUUUUUUUAAGUACUUUUUUUUUGAGACACAGUCUCACUAUAUAGCCUUGGCUGUCCUAGAAUUUUGUAAACUAGACUGACCUCAAACGUAUAAGAUACAUGCUUGACUUUGUCUCCCAAGUGCUGAUACUUAAAAGACAAAGGUGUUUGAGAGAUGAAAUAAAACUUGUGUCUAAGCUGGGCGGUGGUGGCGCACACCAGAGGCAGAGUGGAUUUCUGAGUUCCCGAGGCCAGCCUGGUCUACAAAGUGAGUUCCAGGAGAGCCAAGGCUACACAGAGAAACCCUGUCUCGAAAAAAAUCAAAACCCACCCCCCCCCAAAAAACAACAAAAAACAAAAACAAAAACAAAACCCAAAAAACAAAAACAAAAACUUGUGUCUAGGCCUUGUAAACAGAGCUAGGUAGAGUAAACACUUAUAAUGCCAGCACUAAGAGGCUGAGACAGGGGCAUGUAGGUUUAAAAUGAAAUUCAGCCAUUGUGUGAGUUCCAGAACAGCAUCAACCCUAGACUAAGUCCAGUUGGUAUGCAGUCUGGGAGCAAGGCAGUGGAGAGAGCAGCUGGAGAGGAGAGGCCAAUUUUGUGGCCUAUCACUCUUACAUCAGUGCAGUCAAGAAGCUGAUCUCAGUUCAGUGCCUCAUGGAAAAUACCAUUCUCUGCCCAGCUAAAGGCCGCUGGCUUCAUUCUGAAUCCAUCUGAGCCAAGUGGCAGGCCUGUAGGAGUCAUUUCCUCUGAGCUUUCCACUUAGGCCUCCACCUUCAUUCAGAUGACUCUUCCUAAAGAUUCCAUCGAACAAGACAUCCAGACCUUCACAGAGUGCUAGCAGGUGCCCCCAAGUCUGUUUUUUUUUUUUUUUUCAUGAGAACGGAAGCUGUCAGGAGGUGAUCAUAUGAGGAGGGAGACCAAGCUAGAGUGCCAAAAGUGUUUUCAUGGGAUCAGGAUAUUGCACCACUGGGGGAGUGUUGGCAGGCUGAGCAGAGGACCUACAGAAUGCUUCACUGAGUAACAGGCAUGCUCAUAAAAAUACCGUACCUACCAGGGCUGCAAUCUGCCAUCUAGGCCCUAGGCCUUCCUUGCCCUGCAGCUUCAGAUAGCUGGACUCACUUUGGAAUUCCAGCCCCCUCCGCUUCUCCUCGCUUGGGAGGUCACAGCCAUGAGCCUGGGAGGGGGCGCCACUGGGAAGAGCUCCUUUCCAGAAACUUUCCCCAUAGGGCUGUAAGCAAGAGUAGGGCGGGCAGGAAAGGUCAGAAAGAGGCCAAUCCCGAGGACAAAGAAAUAAAGCACUGAGCAGGAGGGAAGUGGGAGGAAGAUCAGGAGUAGGGGGGUUUCAGGUCGAAGGGCGCCCUCUCUGAGAACUUUCCCUUCUAGCCUAGUUUGGGACCUAGUGUUUAGUAGGGACUGUGUGGUAUGCACAAGCCUAUGUCUUGCCACACCCCCUUCGCAGGCUGAGGACUCAGGUUCAGGCGCACAUUCCUGAAGGACCCUGGCCUAGCAUCCUGGCUGAGCAGGGGUUCCAAGAGGAGCUUGAGGUUACCGGAGUUCUGCCCUGAGAGCACGGAGACAUUCGAACACAUGACCAGGGCUCGGCCUGGACCUAAUGGUGUAUGAAUGCCCAUUACUAGCCAGAGCCCUCGAAGACCAAGUGGAGGCAAGAUAAUCUGGCCCAGUCUGGAUCCUCUCCCCACUGUCCAGCCCUGGGAUCCAGAGAAUACUUUAGCAAUGAUUUCCAAUACAAGCCUCAAGGGCGGCGGGGAUCCCUGUUGGUAAGGUUGGGGUUAUUCUCGUCUGGGGGAUUCCUCUGGAGCUCCUAAAGAGGACCCCCCACGAGGUUCCUAUCACGCAAGGGGCUCUGUAGCCAGGUUCAGAUAAAACAAGGAGCGAGGGUGUGGCGAGGCGGGGCCUGCUGCGGGGGAGGUGAUCUCACUCACUCCCCCUCCUUCUUCCUCCCCCCACCUCCAGGCGCACGUUGCCCCGCCCGCUGCUGCUGCCGCCGCCGACGCUGCAGCAGCAACAUCCUCGUCGGCAGCGGCUUAGCUGGGUGGCGGGUCCGAGGUCGGUGUGCACAGAGGCUGGACUGGCAACCCGGCAACCCGAACGGUGCAGUGCCUCCCACACACGUCAGCAGCUACCACAGGAAACCAACCACCAGCAGGAGGGUGAGUGGAAUCUGGCCAGCUGUGCUGCACUGAGCUGCUGAGCUGACAGGAAGAUGGUCGUGGCUCUGCGGUACCUGUGGCCUCUCCUCCUCUGCAGCCCCUGCCUACUAAUACAGAUUCCUGACGAAUUGCUAGAGCCACCUGUCAUCACAGAACAGUCUCCACGGCGCCUGGUUGUCUUCCCAACAGAUGACAUAAGCCUCAAAUGUGAAGCCAGAGGCAGACCCCAAGUGGAGUUCCGCUGGACGAAAGAUGGCAUCCACUUCAAACCCAAGGAAGAAUUGGGUGUAGUGGUGCAUGAGGCACCCUAUUCUGGCUCCUUCACCAUCGAAGGCAACAACAGCUUUGCCCAGAGGUUUCAGGGCAUCUAUCGCUGCUAUGCCAGCAAUAAGCUAGGAACUGCGAUGUCGCAUGAGAUCCAGCUCGUGGCCGAGGGUGCCCCCAAGUGGCCGAAGGAGACUGUCAAACCUGUGGAAGUGGAGGAAGGAGAAUCAGUAGUUCUGCCUUGCAACCCUCCACCCAGUGCAGCCCCACUUAGGAUCUACUGGAUGAACAGCAAGAUUUUGCACAUCAAACAAGAUGAGCGGGUGUCCAUGGGCCAGAAUGGAGACCUAUAUUUUGCCAAUGUGCUUACCUCGGACAAUCAUUCAGACUACAUCUGCAAUGCCCACUUCCCUGGCACCAGGACCAUCAUUCAAAAGGAACCUAUUGACCUCCGGGUCAAGCCCACCAACAGCAUGAUUGACCGGAAGCCACGUCUGCUCUUUCCUACAAACUCCAGCAGCCACCUGGUGGCCUUGCAGGGCCAGUCAUUGAUCCUGGAGUGCAUUGCUGAGGGAUUCCCUACACCCACCAUCAAGUGGCUGCACCCCAGUGACCCUAUGCCAACAGACCGUGUUAUCUACCAAAACCACAACAAGACCCUGCAGCUACUCAAUGUGGGUGAGGAGGAUGAUGGCGAGUAUACCUGCCUUGCUGAGAAUUCACUGGGCAGUGCCCGGCAUGUCUACUAUGUCACUGUGGAAGCUGCCCCAUACUGGCUGCAGAAGCCCCAGAGCCAUUUGUAUGGUCCAGGAGAGACUGCCCGUCUAGACUGCCAAGCCCAGGGCAGGCCUCAGCCAGAGGUCACCUGGAGAAUCAAUGGAAUGUCUAUGGAGAAGGUGAACAAGGACCAGAAGUACCGGAUUGAGCAGGGGUCUCUGAUCCUGAGUAACGUGCAGCCAAGUGACACAAUGGUGACCCAAUGUGAAGCCCGAAACCAGCAUGGGCUCCUGCUAGCCAAUGCUUACAUCUAUGUUGUCCAGCUGCCAGCCAGGAUCCUAACAAAAGACAAUCAGACCUACAUGGCAGUUGAGGGCAGUACUGCUUACUUGCUGUGCAAAGCCUUUGGAGCUCCUGUUCCCAGUGUCCAGUGGCUGGAUGAAGAAGGAACCACAGUGCUUCAGGAUGAACGAUUUUUCCCCUAUGCCAAUGGAACGCUGGGCAUCAGAGACCUCCAGGCCAAUGACACUGGACGCUAUUUCUGCCAGGCUGCCAAUGACCAGAACAAUGUGACCAUUUUGGCUAACCUACAGGUUAAAGGAGCAACCCAGAUCACACAGGGGCCCCGGAGCGCAAUUGAGAAGAAAGGUGCAAGGGUGACAUUCACAUGCCAGGCCUCCUUUGACCCCUCUUUGCAGGCCAGCAUCACUUGGCGUGGAGAUGGGAGAGACCUCCAGGAACGUGGGGACAGUGACAAGUAUUUCAUAGAAGAUGGGCAACUGGUCAUCCAGAGCCUGGACUACAGUGACCAGGGCAACUACAGUUGUGUGGCCAGCACUGAACUGGAUGAGGUGGAGAGCAGGGCGCAGCUCUUAGUGGUGGGGAGCCCUGGGCCGGUGCCUCACCUGGAGCUGUCCGACCACCACCUGCUGAAGCAGAGCCAGGUGCACUUGUCUUGGAGCCCUGCUGAAGAUCACAACUCUCCCAUUGAGAAGUAUGACAUUGAAUUUGAGGACAAGGAAAUGGCUCCUGAGAAAUGGUUUAGUCUGGGCAAGGUGCCAGGAAAUCAGACCUCUACUACCCUCAAGCUGUCCCCCUAUAUCCACUAUACCUUUCGGGUCACUGCCAUUAACAAAUAUGGUUCUGGAGAACCCAGCCCUGACUCUGAGACUGUGGUCACACCUGAGGCAGCCCCAGAGAAGAACCCUGUGGAUGUGAAAGGGGAAGGGAAUGAGACCAACAAUAUGGUUAUCACAUGGAAGCCCCUUCAGUGGAUGGAUUGGAAUGCCCCCCAGAUUCAGUACCGUGUACAGUGGCGUCCACAGGGCAAGCAGGAGACCUGGAAGGAACAGAUCGUGAGCGACCCCUUCCUGGUGGUUUCUAACACUUCCACAUUUGUGCCUUAUGAGAUCAAAGUCCAGGCAGUGAACAACCAGGGCAAGGGCCCUGAGCCCCAGGUCACCAUUGGCUAUUCAGGGGAAGACUACCCCCAGGUGAGCCCUGAGCUUGAAGACAUCACAAUCUUCAACUCAAGCACUGUGCUGGUCAGGUGGAGGCCUGUGGACUUGGCCCAGGUUAAGGGCCACCUCAGAGGAUACAAUGUAACAUACUGGUGGAAGGGCAGCCAGAGAAAGCAUAGCAAAAGGCAUGUCCACAAAAGCCACAUGGUGGUACCUGCGAACACCACCAGUGCCAUCCUCAGUGGUUUGCGUCCUUACAGCUCUUAUCAUGUGGAGGUACAGGCCUUUAAUGGGCGGGGCUUGGGGCCUGCAAGUGAAUGGACCUUCAGCACCCCAGAGGGAGUGCCUGGCCACCCUGAGGCAUUACACCUGGAGUGCCAGUCGAAUACUAGCCUGCUACUGCACUGGCAGCCACCACUCAGCCACAAUGGAGUGAUCACUGGAUACCUGCUCUCUUACCAUCCCUUGGAUGGGGAAAGCAAAGAACAGUUGUUCUUCAACCUUUCGGACCCAGAGCUCCGGACUCAUAAUCUCACCAACCUCAACCCUGAUCUACAGUACCGCUUCCAGCUUCAGGCCACCACCCAGCAGGGUCCUGGUGAGGCCAUCGUGCGUGAAGGAGGCACCAUGGCCCUGUUUGGCAAGCCAGAUUUUGGCAACAUCUCAGCCACAGCAGGUGAAAACUACAGUGUGGUCUCCUGGGUCCCUCGGGAGGGCCAGUGCAAUUUCAGGUUCCAUAUCUUGUUCAAAGCCUUGCCAGAAGGGAAAGUGAGCCCUGAUCACCAGCCUCAGCCUCAGUAUGUCAGCUACAAUCAGAGCUCCUACACACAGUGGAAUCUACAGCCUGACACCAAAUAUGAGAUCCGCCUGAUGAAGGAGAAGGUUGUCCUGCAUCAUCUGGCUGUGAAGACUAAUGGCACUGGCCCCGUGCAAGUUUCUACUACAGGUAGCUUUGCCUCCGAGGGCUGGUUCAUUGCCUUUGUCAGCGCUAUCAUUCUCUUGCUCCUCAUCCUGCUCAUCCUCUGCUUCAUCAAACGCAGCAAGGGCGGCAAAUACUCAGUGAAGGACAAGGAGGACACUCAGGUAGAUUCCGAAGCCCGGCCCAUGAAAGAUGAGACCUUCGGCGAGUACAGUGACAAUGAAGAGAAGGCCUUUGGCAGCAGCCAGCCAUCUCUCAAUGGCGACAUCAAACCCCUAGGCAGUGAUGACAGCCUGGCUGAUUAUGGGGGCAGUGUGGACGUCCAGUUCAAUGAAGAUGGCUCUUUCAUCGGCCAGUACAGUGGCAAGAAAGAGAAGGAGGCAGCAGGAGGCAAUGACAGCUCAGGGGCUACCUCUCCUAUCAAUCCUGCAGUAGCCCUAGAAUAGCAAGGUCCAGCCAUGUGAGGCAGGUCCAAGCUGGGCCCAGAGCCAGAAGUGCAGGAAAGCCAGAGGCCAAGAAACCUGGCCAAUGCAAUGCACCAUGUCACUGGCCUGCUGACUUUGGGAUCGAGGUCCUUACUUCUCUCCACAGCGCAUGGAAGACUUGACUGGAGUAGAGGAGAGGAACUGUGGCUUCGAGUCUCUUUCUUACCACCCCUACCCUCUUUAUUGCCAAAACCCAGCUGCACCCUUUCCUGGGCAUACGCUGCUUUGCUCCAGCUUGGGGCAGUUCACUCCCAUAUCAGGGAUCUUCAGGUGCUGCCUUGCUGACCCAUUUAGAUAGAGAGGCCACAGUUUAGGGGAGAAGACAAAGGAGAGUCCGCUGAGCUGUCUCUGGGAAGCUGUCCUCACUUUCUGACUGGAAACAGGCAUGGUGGGGUCUCCUCAGGACUAGGUUGGCACCUCUUCUUUCUCCCUGGCUAGCCUGACUGGAGACAAAACUCUGUCCCCACCAUCUGCUCCCUUUUCUUUGCCAUUUUUGAUCCAAUCAGGAUGGGGACCUGAGCAAGCUGGCCACCUAUGUAGCAGAGGCCAUCUGGAAAGCCCAGAGUCGUCUCCCACCCUGUUAACACACUAGGUUCACACCCUCCUCCCAUUGCUAUUCCACCUUUCAGGACACAUGGACACACACACACACUCAUAUCUUCUCUUACCGCUGGAGAUAGGCACACCUCUUCCUACUGGUACUGGCUAGGCUUCUCCCUGAUGCCAGCAUACCCCAGGACCCCUUAGCAGCCCUGCCUGUCCCCAGGUUUCAUCCUCAACCCCUUCCCCUGUUCCUCACGUUGGGAAUGUAAAUACACCGUGACUUUGAAAGUUUGUGCCGUUGCCCUUUCCCCACAUGCCACUAGUGUGUAGGCAGAUGUCUGAAUCUCUAGGUGGUUUCUCCACUUUUAUAGCAGUUAGCUUUGAUGACCCCACUCCAUGAAAAAUAAAAGCAGACAAAAAAAAAAAAGCAAAGAUUGGCUUUCCCAACACUGCUGUGUUCCUACCCAGCAGCUGUGGCUUCCCUGUAUGCUUUUGCUUGGUCUGUUGAUGAGCCCUCUACAAAAAGACAAAACAACAACAAAAAUAUAUAUAUGUACAUAAUAUCAGAAUUAUAACAGGCAAAUAAAACCCUAAAAAUGAA